GCUCCAUUUAUGGUGUUUAGUUUCUCAUCUCAGUCAGUCCGAGUAUUCAGAUCAGCAACGCCGGCUGAAGAGAGGAAAGCCUCGCCUGGUGGAAAAAAUGAACGUGGAACACGAAGUAACACUCCUUGUGGAUGAGAUUCGUCGACUUGGCAGCAAAAACUCAGAUGGCAAAACCAGCGUCAAAUUUGGAGUCCUGUUCAACGACGACAAGUGUGCCAACCUCUUCGAGGCGCUCGUCGGAACGUUGAAAGCAGCCAAGCGAAAGAAGGUCAUCACGUUCGACGGGGAACUCUUACUGCAAGGAGUUCAUGACAACGUGGAUGUCAUAUUACUGCAGGAGUGAACUUGACAGGCUGUCUUCUAGUCAAACACAGUGGUUUUGUUUUGAGAGAUCUCAGUGCUGCAAUGAGUGAGCAACGUUUUGAUAUCACAUAAUCAUGAAUGUAUCAUUUUUCUACAUUGGAAUAUUUUUUUUUAUAAAGCUGAGGGGAGUGAGCUGCAUCCCAAACUCGUUUCUUUUCUUUUAAAUGUGCAACAGCCUUUGAUUAUUGACAUGGUUGAUGUGGCUACCUCUUGUAGACUUUUAUCAGUUUUUUAAAUCACUUUUCGUGACCUCAGAACCAAAUGAUUAUUGCGUUUCUGGCACAUAUCAGUACUGUAUUUGUUUGUGAGCAAAGGUUAUGGAUGCUUGACAUCAGUAUAAUUUCUACUGUAAUUAAUUUUUAAUGUCUUACAGAAGACUCAGCCAAUGACCUUCCGGUGCAAUACUGUUACUGUGACAAUGGCCAUCGUAUUUGUACCAAAUGUUUAGUUCAUUUGACUAAACGUUUUCUAUUCGGGUAACCUGUACUUAAAAGUAAUGCUUGAAAUUUGAUAAAUGAGCUGAACCAAUGUGGAAACUUGAGUAGAAACCUAGCAACAAAUAAAUGCCUUAUGAGGUUUUUAGCACACAUUUCUAUAUGAAAUUUGAGACUAUAGUGCUGGAAUGGUUGAAAUCUUUUUAAGUUCAUCCACUUGAUGGCUGCAUCCCAUUAAAAUGGGACAACACAAGUAGCAAUAGGAAAAACCCUGAAGCUUUUGGCAAGACAAAUGCAAGAUUUGUGUUAUGGAAUUCAAAGGAAUCACACUGUCUGAAUCCCAGAUGGCUCCCUUUUGGACAUAUAAUACACUUUAGAGGUGCAGAAGCCAUUCAUUUUUGACCUAUAUAGGGUGCUUCCUACGUGCACCAUGUAGGGCACUACCUAAGUGCACUAUAUAGGGAGCAUCUGAGAUUUAGACUGUGAACAGGGUCUACUCAAGAUCACUGAUUUACACUGAAAUGAUCUACACUUUGCCUUCAUAUCAGCGUUCUGAUAUAAUUCACCUCAUUAAAAUUGUACCAUUUGUAGUCUCUCAAA